AUCACUUUCUGUUACUCGGUGGCGCAAGAGUUACGGUUAGUAUUAGCUAGCAAAGUAAAGCUAACUGCUAGCUAAACACUCAGAAUUGGCCAUAAAAAGACGUUUUAGCAAUAGGAAACACAUUUUUUUUUUACUUUAUGAAGUCGUACUGAGUGAGCGUUUGCCAUUUAAUUUGAGGCUAAUUCUUUUUUGUGUUAUUUUUGUUUUAAAUCGGGAGGACUUUAUGCAUGCUGGGUAAAUUUCAAUUGAGGCUUUUAUUUAUUCUCACGCAGAACUGAAGCUCUGUUUAGUGUUUGUAUUAGUUUUGGGAUUUCGGACUCGUUAUUUUCCUUCACGCAUUCUAUUUCACUCAUGUGAAAAGUCACGUUUUAAGUGUGAGCGUGUCACCAGCUAGAGGUUUUUACGGAUUAACUUCUGUUCCUGGUUUGUUUUCCCAUGGCGACGUUAAAACCCUUGACCUAAGAGUGAAAGUGCAAGCUGUUUAUUAAAGCGUGGCAUCAUUUCGGAUUGUAUUUUACCCCAUUUAUGAGAUGAGCACUUUGCAGGAGUUUAUGGCGAACGGUCCAGCCAGGAAUGAACUCUUGGAGAAAGAUGCUUGUAUUUGGGAGAGGCCGUGGAGCGUGGAGGAAAUUCGACAACACAGUGCCAACUGGUCUUUGGCAGCAGACUCUGGGCUUUUUCUCUACCUCCAAGACUUCUCCCAGAAAAUGUUGUCCAAGACGCAUGAGAUUGAAAAGCAGCUGGACAGCCUGAUCCGGGAUACAAAAGCCACAGACAGCCGCUUGCACUCCGUCUUCAAUGACUUUCUUAUGCUGUCAAAUACACAGUUUAUUGAAAAUAGAGUGUACGAUGAAGAAGUGGAGGAGACUCUUUCAAAGCCUGAAGUCGUACAGAAGCAUCCUGAGCAGGAGAGGACGAGGGAGCAGAAAGAGGCAGAACUGAUCCCGAAAAUGCAGGAAGCUGUAAAUUAUGGACUGAAAGUUCUGGAGUCGGCGUUUGAGCAUUUGGACAUCAAAGCGGGGAACUCUGACUCAGAGGACGAAGACGCUGCAGACAAAGUGGAGGCCAUCUUGGAGCCUAAGGAUCUGUACGUAGACAGACCACUUCCAUAUCUGAUUGGUUCCCAAGCAUUUAUGGAGCAAGAUGAUGUUGGCCUCGGUGACCUUUCAAGUGACGAAAUGUCAGUUGACAGCGACCGGGACAGUGUGAUCGAGAGUGAAGAUGGAAAGGAGGCAAUUAAUUCCGAUGAUGAUUUUGAUCGGGACUCUGAAAUUCACAAGAAGAAGUCGUCUCUGACGAGCACUGAGGACAAUGAAGACGGGGAAGAUUCAGAUAUUUUUGGGGAUUCUGAUGAGGAUGAUGAGGACAUUAAUAACACGGACCCUUCGUUGUUCACGAAGGAGCUCGCCGCUCGAAUCAGAGCAGAACCUGUGAGCAAACCUGAGGGAGAUCGCGCCUCUUUGGCAUCUAAGAGAAGUAAAGGCAGAAAAAAAUCAAAGUCUGCGGCAUCAAUAGCCGACGGAGAGGACAGCGAUGAUAUGUUCAAGCCACCUAAGAUGGACGAAGAGGAUGAUUACUCCCCGUUCGGAGGGAAAAGUGGCCUCUUCAGCGGCGGCAAAGGUCUUUUCGAUGAUGAUGACGAGGACGAUCUUUUCUCUGAAAAAUCAAAACCUGCAUCACAUGAGGGAAAAACAAAUGAAAGCGUAAAAAGCACAACAGCAGAAUCGAGCAAACCUGAAAAGAGAAUCCCUGCGGGCGCUGUGUCAAUAUUCCCAGAUAACAACCUCUUUGCUUCAAAGCAAGACUCUGAUUCAGAGGAGAGCAGAGGCAGCGGGACCUCAGCCGCUAAGAAUAAUGCCGCUGGAGCGGCUAAAACCGGAGGGGGUGGGCUGUUUGAUAACGACGAUGAAGAUGAUGAUGACUUCUUUAGUGGAAACAGCCUGAAAAAGCCCAACUCAGUCGUUCAGGAGAAACCCAAACUCAAGAAAGCAGUUGACCUUUUUGAUGAUGAAGACGGCGAGGACAUCUUUAAUGAAAAGUACAGCCCACAGCCGACUCAGGCCAAGAGGGAGGCGGUGGAGGAGAAACCGAAAUCAUCAGAGAAAAAGAUGCCGCCGGGAGCUGUUUCUGUCUUUGGUCCCGGGACUAAAAGCUUACUCAGUGAAGGCCUGAAAAAACGUCAACCAUCCACCAGCGAGGAGUCUGAAAAGUCAGAGGAGAAAGCUUCUGCUGCGGAUGUUGGUAAAGUUUCUGUUGAGCGCGCUCAGAAAGUCCAGACCAGAGGUCUCUUUUCUGACGAUGAAGACACACCGGCAUUUCCAACGAUACCCAAGAGCCAAUCUCAGCCCGAACCUGCUAGCCAGAGGGAAGCUAGCAGAACUUCUUUCCUAUUGUUUGAUGAUGAGGAAGAAGAGGAUUUGUUUGCACCUGCGGUUAAAUCAAAACCAAAACCUUCCGCACCUCAACCAAGCAAAGCUGUGGCCAGCUCUCUGUUCAGCGACGACGAGGACCAAUGGACGGGUUCACAAAGCAACCAGGUCAAGCCAGAAGUCAAGACAGGAGGGAUGAAGACCAGCACUAGUGCCCCGUCCAACCUCCCCAGCACCAAAACGUCUGAAAACAGUAGUUUGUUUGAUGAAGAUGAUGAUGACCUUUUUGCCCCAACAAAAGCAUCAAGUCAGAAGAAAUCUCCAAGAGUUGCUCUCCUGUUUGAAGAUGAAGCUGAUGAUGAAGACAAGGAAUCUCUUUUUGGCAUCAAACCUGCUGUUAAUGCAAACACAGAAGCUCCUGUUAAACGUCCCGCUGGGAUCUCUCAGCCACCUGAAGGGUCGCAGAAAGUGGCAAAGGAGCAGCCAUCCACGCAGCAGAAACCAGAGGAAAAAAGUCCGUCACCUUCGCAGGAGGAAGUUAAAAAGAAGCCGGCCGGAGCAGUCAGCCUCUUCGGCGGCAUUGAUGUUCUUGCCAAAAAGCAGGAUAAGAGUCACGAAGAAGAGGCCGAUGACCUCUUCCUCUCAAAGGACAGUCCUCUACCGAAUGUUAGGGAGGAAGGGAAGGAAGACAAAGCAAAAAUAAAGACGGUCAGUCUCUUUGAUGAGGAAGAGGAGGAAGAUGAGUCAGGCUGGAAGGAUCCUAUUUUCACACCAAAAAAACCUACAGAGGAAAAGACUCCAGAGCCCACAGACGAGCAUCUGCAGACAAACAGCACCGGCGUCUUCCUGGAUGAAGAGCUGCUGUUCAGUCAGACCCAACAGAAGGACAAUGACCCGGAUGUGGACCUCUUUGCCGCCUCAGUCGAUAGCUCCAAGCUCAGCUCAGUGAAAGACACGACGCAGAGUCUGUUCGCAGAUGAUGAUGACGAGGAUGACCUCUUCAGCUCUGUCAAACCAAGAGCUCCUCCGAAAGUAGCAGAGAAACCUAAAAAACCUAGUGACCGAGCGCCGCUUGCAAGUCCCGAACCCGUAGCAGAGAUCCAAAAACCCGCUCCAAGGCCCGUAAAACCUAAAGAUUCCUCAUCCAGGAUUGGGAAACUUCAAGCCAGCCUGAUGAUCAACCCGACGGCAUUGCUGCCUGGUUCUGUAUCGAACAUGUCGGGGCCUCUCAGCUCCUCCUCUGGAGUAUCCAGCUCCAGCCUGAGCCCAAGUCCUGCCACAACUCCCAUUGAUGUUCAUACAGACAACGAAAUGGGAGUGAGCUUCGAUACACCAGUCCAAGUCUCCACCUUGCAGAGCGCUCACAAGGGUCGUGCCAAAGGUUCUGCACUCCGAAGACCGCAAUCUAGAGCGGCAAGACAGCAAGCUGCACAGAAGUCUGUUGAAGCAGAUGAGACCGACUUGCUAGUCCCAAACUCGGGUUUACCUCAACCCAACGAGUCCAGCAAAAAACACUUAAGUCCAACUCCACCUAACUCUACUACACCACCAAUCUUCCCCACGCCUUCACCCUCUCUACCCUCACUCUCUGAAAUCUCCCCCAGACCGUCAGAACUACCGCUGCCAGUAUCUACAAGUUCUGGAACAAAGAAAAGCAGCGGUGUGAAGGUAUCGCUAUCGUCUGAUGAGGAUGACCUCUUUGGUUCUGACGAUCUGUUCGGGUCAAACUCAAACAAGAUUUCCUCCAGAGAAACCCCCACCGCCGCUCCCCUUCAGGCUAGUAAUGCAGCAGCAGUGAAGAAGGACAAAGAAAAAAGCACAGUCGCCUCCAUUUUUGAUGACAACGCUGAUGACCUUUUUCAAAGUGUUAAACCGCGAGCAGCCAUUAAAAAAGCCACACCCUCGUCAUUUUUGGAAGAAGAUGAGGACGACCUGUUUGGACUGAGCCACGGUUCCACUCCCACGUCUACAAGCAGUAAAGACUUCAGAACUAGCAGUAGUUUUUCAAAACAGGACAUCUUUCAGGAUGAGGUGCCUUCUGGGCCUAAAGCUGACAAGAAAAAUAAAGAGAAGACAAUCGAUGCCAGUUUAUUUGACGAUGACGUCGACAUUUUUGCUGACCUUUCAGACACUUUAAAACCAAAACAAAAGUCUAAAACAAAGGGAGAGGUCAAAUCUAUAUUUGAUGAUGACAUGGAUGACAUUUUUGCUGUAAAAACAGUAAAACCAGCAGCAAAGGCUCCUCAAAAACCAGUAAAAACACCACCUUCCCAGGAGAACAGUACGGUGACGGAUUCAAGCAACUUAUUUGAUGAUCCGCUCAAUGCUCUGGGUGGAAACUAAUGUUAAAAUUCUUCAUUUGUACAAUUGUAGAUUCCUUCAUAUGACAUUGAAAAAUAAUUCAAAGAUAUUAAACACUGUUGAUAGAGUA